ACAAAUUCACUCAUCCUCCUACAGCAGAGCAACAACACUAAAGCUAACUAGAGCUUGCAGCAAUGUCGACCUCGGCGGUGCUCUUCCUCCUCCUUGCUGUUUUCGCCGCCGGUGCCAGCGCGGCCACCUUCAACAUCAAGAACAACUGCGGCUCCACAAUAUGGCCGGCGGGCAUCCCGAUGGGUGGGGGCUUCGAGCUGGGCUCAGGCCAGACGUCGAGCAUCAACGUGCCCGCCGGCACCCAAGCCGGAAGGAUAUGGGCACGCACCGGGUGCUCGUUCAAUGGCGGUAGCGGGAGCUGCCAGACCGGCGACUGCGGCGGCCAGCUCUCAUGCUCUCUCUCUGGGCAGCCACCAGCAACGCUGGCCGAGUUCACCAUCGGCGGCGGCAGCACCCAGGACUUCUACGACAUCUCGGUUAUCGACGGCUUCAACCUUGCCAUGGACUUCUCGUGCAGCACCGGCGACGCGCUCCAGUGUAGGGAUCCCAGCUGCCCGCCGCCGCAAGCCUACCAACACCCCAACGACGUCGCCACACACGCCUGCAGUGGCAAUAAUAACUACCAGAUCACCUUCUGCCCAUGAAGCCUCUUUACGUCGCACCGCCAACCAAUAAUAGGCGUAUGUGUGUGUAUAUAUAUAUAUAUAUAUAUAUAUAUAUAUAUAUAUGUGGUCAUAUAAAUAUAAAUAUAAAAAUAAAUAAGAGCCGUACUGCUUAAUACUCCCUCCGUUCCUAAAUACAGUAUAAAUCUUUUAAGAGAUUUUACUAGUGGACUACGUACAUAACAAAAUAAGUGAAUGUAUACUCUAAAGUAUGUCUAUAAACAUCUGUAUGUAGUUUCCUAGUAGAAUCUUUAAAUUCCAAAUUGUUUUUGGAUGAUAGAUAAUUUGAUGCGUGAAGUCCGCUUCAAUUUUUGUAUCAUUUGAACAUCUGAGAAACUCUCGGCAAAAAAGACAAAUCGGAUCAAAACGGUGCAUGCACAUUAAAGUUUUUUUUUAGACCUCGAAUUUGUAUUUUUUGGCUAGAGCAGCUCAGAUGUUCAAACUGUACACAAUUUACAGCAAACUACACGCAUCAAAUUAUCUAUCACCGAUUUUUUUUAGAAUAUUUUGAAUUGUUUUAGUAUUUGUUUUGAGUUUAUUACACAGCAGGUGUGCAGACGAGUUUGGGCUCAGAAAUGGAUUUACGCCCGAUGAGCACCCUAGUUUGCACAAACCAGCUAUAUAGUACUAUUUCAGUGUCCAUGUGCAAAACUAGCUUGAACAUACAUUAAUACUAGGUUUGUUUCAGUUUCACAUUCAGAUUUAAGUCGCGAACAAUGUUAAAACUAGAUUCAGAUAUACAAUGUUAGAUUCAGUUUAUCAGAUGCAGCAAUGAUCCGUUUUAAAACUAAUAGAAUUUCAAUUAGCAUAUAUCAGUGCUAGCUUGAUCGUCAGAUUCAGGUUUCAGAUUUCACAUUCUGAACAUGUGCUUGAACACCAGAUUCCAUACUUCUGAACAU